CUACUGUCAGACUGCGCUUCACACAAGUCCAUAUGCAUGGGAAAAUGCUCCUGUGCUGGGAUGCUGUGAAAUCUAAAGCACUGCACAUGGAUUCAGCAUAGCAGAGAGCAUAAGAAAGAACUGGAUUAUCCACUGUUGGACAUUUCAGAUUGGACCAUCUGUUAUUCAUAUUCCACUGUGGAAGAUGGAUAGAUUUCUGCAUGGUACUAGUCGCUGAGACUGGACUUCAGUAGGGCUACUGAACUGGCCAGAGAUUGAUUUUUGGAUCUUUUAGUUGUGGAUGUAACAAGGAGCACAGUUAUUUAAUCAGUCCCUCUCUAUCAGGCUUUAUCAUGACCUCUCUAACAGGGAAUAAAGAAAGAUCUGGGACCAGGAGUAGAAAAUAUGGGAUGACCGAUUCAUCCCCUACGAAGUCAGCAUCAUUCUCUCCUGAAACCUGGUACCGAAAGGCUUAUGAGGAGUCUCGGAGCGCCAGUCGCCCGGUCCCUGAAGGUGCGGGCUCCAUGCCCGGGUCCUCUGGAACCCCGUCCCCCGGAUCAGGAAUAUCAUCCCCGGGCUCUUUCUCCGGCUCACCUGUUACGAUAUCUCCUGGAAUCAGCACCGGUUCACCCGGUUCUUUAGGCGGAUCUCCAGGGUUCGGCACUGGUUCUCCAGCCUCGGGUAGCGGGAGCUCACCUGGUUCUGAUCGGGGCAUCUGGUGCGAGAACUGCAACGCACGGCUGGUGGAGCUGAAGAGACAGGCAUUACAACUACUCAUUCCCGGACCCUACUCUAGCAAGGUGUCUGUUCGGCGCUCUCACCCCGUCAAUGAGAACACUAGAAAGGAGAUGAUUGACCGUUAA